UACACAAGCCCGUACCUGAGCGCAAGAACUAUCACUGAGUCAAUAGGAGAGUGUAUUAUGGAUACAGAAGCAGUAGAAUUUUCUGUAACAGAGAAACAACAAUCAGACUGUGAUUCACAAGGAGAUAAAAUUGUAUUUACAGAAACAGUAGAAUUAACAGAAAGCAAAAAACAAAAAACAUGUUAUGAACAAAAAGUAGAGUGUGUUAUAGAUGAACAAAGCGAAAAUGAAAUACCCUACACUAAGCAAAAAUAUGAACAUGAUAAUGAAGCAGAAACUCAAGAAUCUUCUGAAAUACAAUAUAACCCCGUACCUGAGCAACAAAAACCUAUCAGUGAGUUAAUAGAAGAGCAUACAGAAGCAGUAGAAUUUUCUGUAACAGAAAAACAACAAUCAGACUGUGAGUCACCAGGAGAUAAAAUUGUAUUUAAAGAAACAGUAGAAUUAACAGAGAGUGAAAAUAAAAAAACAUGUUAUGAACAAGAAGUAGAGUGUGUUAUAUAUGCACAAAGUGAAAAUGAAAUACCCUACAUUAAGCAAAAAGAUGAACAUGAUAAUGAAGCAGAAACUCAAGAAUCUUCUGAAAUACCAUACACCUCCGUACCUGAGCAACAAGACCCUAUCAGUGAGUCAAUAGAAGAGUGUAUUAUGGAUACAGAAGCAGUAGAAUUUUCUGUAACUGUGAAACAAGAAUCAGACUGUGAGUCACCUGGAGAUAAAAUUAUAGUUACAAAAACAGAAGAAUUAACAGAAAGCGAAAAACAAAAAACAUGUUAUGAACAAGAAGUAGAGUGUGUUAUAGAUGCACAACGUGAAAAUGAAAUACCCUACGUUGAGCAAAAAGGUGAACAUGAUAAUGAAGCAGAAACUCAAGAAUCUUCUGAAAUACCAUACACCUCCGUACUUGAGCAACAAGAAAUUAUCAGUGAGUCAAUAGAAGAGUCUAUUAUGGAUACAGAAGCAGCAGAAUUUUCUGCAACAGAGAAACAACAAUCAGACUGUGAGUCACCAGGAGAUAAAAUUAUAGUUACAGAAACAGUAGAAUUGACAGAAAGCGAAAAACAAAAAACAUUUUAUGAACAAGAAGUAGAGUGUGUUAUAGAUGAACAAAGUGAAAAUGAAAUAUCCUACAUUAAGCAAAAAGAUGGACAUGAUAAUGAAGCAGAAACGCAAGAAUCUUCUGAAACACAAUAUAACCCCGUACCUGAGCAACAAGAACCUAUCAGUGAGUCAAUAGCAGAGCGUAUUAUGGAUACAGAAGCAGUAGAAUUUUCUGUAACAGAGAAACAACAAUCAGACUGUGAUUCACAAGGAGAUAAAAUUGUAUUUACAGAAACAGUAGAAUUAACAGAAAGCAAAAAACAAAAAACAUGUUAUGAACAAAAAGUAGAGUGUGUUAUAGAUGCACAAAGUGAAAAUGAAAUAUCCUACAUUAAGCAAAAAGAUGAACAUGACAAUGAAGCAGAAACUCAAGAAUCUUCUGAAAUACCAUACACCUCCGUACCUGAGCAAAAAGAACCUAUCCGUGAGUCAAUAGGAGAGUGUAUGAUGGAUACAGAAGCAGUAGAAUUUUCUGUAACAGAGAAACAAGAAUCAGACUGUGAGUCACCUGGAGAUAAAAUUAUAGUUACAGAAACAGAAGAUUUAACAGAAAGCGAAAAACAUAAAACAUGUUAUGAACAAGAAGUAGAGUGUGUUAUAGAUGCACAAUGUGAAAAUGAAAUACCAUACAUUAAGCAAAAAGAUGAACAUGGUAUUGAAGCAGAAGCUCAAGAAUCUUCUGAAAUACCAUACACCUCCGUAGCUGAGCAACAAGAACCUAUCAGUGAGUCAAUAGGAGAGUGUAUUGUGGAUACAGAAUUAGUAGAAUUUUUUGUAACAGAGAAACAAGAAUCAGACUGUGAGUCACCUGGAGAUAAAAUUGUAUUUACAGAAACAGUAGAAUUAACAGAAAACGAGAAACAAAAAACAUGUUAUGAACAAGAAGUAGAGUGUGUUAUAGAUGCACAAAGUGAAAAUGAAAUACCCUACAUUACGCAAAAAGAUGAACAUGAUAAUGAAGCAGAAACUCAAGAAUCUUCUGAAACACAAUAUAACCCCGUACCUAAGCAACAAGAACCUAUCAGUGAGUCAAUAGGAGAGUGUAUUAUGGAUACAGAAGCAGUAGAAUUUUCUGUAACAGAGAAACAACAAUCAGACUGUGAGUCACCAGGAGAUAAAAUUGUAUUUACAGAAACAGUAGAAUUAACAGAAAGCGAAAAACAAAAAACAUGUUAUGAACAAGAAGUAGAGUGUGUUAUAGAGCACAAAGUGAAAAUGAAAUAGCCACGUUGAGCAAAAAGAUGAACAUGAUAAUGAAGC